GGAGGCAAUGAUGUAGUGGCGGAGCGGGGUAUGAUUGGCUCGGUUGAUAGUGGGGGGAGGGUGAUCUGGGGCCUCUCGUUUAUGCAAUUAUGUACGUAUCUAAGGUUAAUGCAUCUGAAGUGCGAGCUGUUGGACCUCCAGUCGUCAAAUGCAUUGGAGGCCGUGGGCGGUGGGCGGUGGGCAGUAGGCGGUUGGCGGUAGGCGCUGGUUAGGCUGUCUUCCUCUGCUGUCGAGCUUCCCCCAUGCAAAAGUGCCCCCCCCUUGAGCUGGCCCAGAGUUCGGUCCACUGCAAGGCUGGCCCCACCAUCGACGUCGUCGCUCCCUUGGGCGUUACGGUUGCUUCACCCCACGUUUAUACUACCACUCGAGGGGACAGGACAUACGCGACAAACACUGUCUCUUGGUCUCGACGGCCACUUCCUGCGACAAUGUCCCAAUCCCUCCGCCCCUAUCUCCAGUGCGUCCGGAGCAGUCUCACUGCCGCCCUCUGCUUGUCCAACUUUGCUUCCCAGACGUCUGAACGACACAAUGUCCCCGAGAUCGAGGCCCAGACCUCUCCCGAAGUCCUCCUAAACCCCCUGGUCAUUUCCCGAAACGAGAACGAGAGGGUCUUCAUCGAACCGAGUGUCAACAGUGUGCGGAUAAGCAUCAAGAUCAAGCAGGCAGACGAGAUCGAGCACAUCCUCGUCCACAAGUUCACCCGGUUCUUGACCCAAAGAGCAGAGGCCUUCUUCAUCCUGAGGAGGAAGCCCGUAAAGGGCUACGACAUCUCUUUCCUCAUCACCAACUUCCAUACCGAGGAGAUGUUGAAGCACAAGCUGGUGGACUUCAUCAUCCAGUUCAUGGAGGAGGUCGACAAGGAAAUCUCCGAGAUGAAGCUAUUCUUAAACGCAAGAGCAAGAUUCGUGGCCGAGUCUUUCCUGACACCUUUCGAUUAAGAGGGCACGGUCUUGGGGAGCCAUUACGUAUGCUAGACUUAUGCAAAACACAGCAAUGCUUUGUUCCUGUAGCGUCUGGGAC